GUUGAUCAAGAAUAACAUCGGAACUUUCUGUUUUGUUCAUCUUGUUGGUAUUUUUUUCCUAAUGGAUGGGAAUAUCAUGAACAAAUUUCUGUAGAAGUAUGAUUUUGCAACAAAUUAAUUCUGUAGGAGCAAAAACCCAAUCCAUCACUUUUAGUCACCAUCUUUCGCAAGCUCACGAAGGAUAGCUCAAUUGGAAGUGGAUUUGUCACAAGCAAAGCUUGUCGUCCCUCUGCAUCUAAUCCCAUCUUCCUCCCACCAUCACAGAGCCCCACUAUCAAACACCUGACGCUCCCCGCGCGGGGGACAAUGCCUGCCUGCCAGCUUCGCGUUCGAGGUCCGCAAUUCCUUCUCGAACUCAUCUGUAUAUGUCGUACAUCACGACCUCAGCUGUGAGGUUUCCUCCUCUUCGUCCGCAAUUCCUUGCAGCAUCGGUACUCCAUGUCGAGCACACCAACUUGCUCGCAAUGUCGUACCUCUUAUUCUUCAAUCUCACGUUGCUGUCCAAGUCGUCAUUCCGACCGAAUUCCCAAUAAGGACAUUGUAAGAAACAGACCUUAGGCCGGUCUCUGUAACGAGCAUUUCAUCGAACCAGUGGCGUGCAGCCGAAGCCUUGCUUCUCGCAGCAAUUUUGGAGGACGAUGUUGGUUGAAGACGGCGUUGGGUCAAGCCGAAGCCGAGAAAGCUCCUGGCCCGGCCGAGACAACGGUUGCCAGCGAUCGCAGCGAGCAGGGACUUGAGGGAUUGGAGGGAAGAGGCUUGGCAGAGAGUUCAAAGCCGCUUCGCUGCAGGGGCGCCUUGGCGAGGCGGUAGAGGAGCGAGGAGUAGGCGGGGUAGCAGAGGUGGUCGGGGGUCGUCGUCCUGGAGACGGCGGAGGACAACGGCGUGGGCGGUGGAUUAAGUCCAUCAGGAGAGGAAUCGCUAAACGAACCCACGUGGGCUUCUCGGGUUCGCGAAUCUCCAAGCGCGUUGUAGCAUAUCGUCACUAAUUUGGAGGGCAUUUUGUGGGGAUAUAUUUAUUUGCCGGCGUGUGGAUGAGUUCGGGACUAAGCAGAGUUGAUUGCGUCCGGUGGUCCUCAAUUCUCCUAUAUAUACCUUCUUAUGUUACUCUAUCAUUGAAGAGAAAUAGCAAGAGGAACUGAAGGAAAUCGAAGUGCUUGGAAUUCUGGUUUGCUUCUUAUUGUACUUGAGAUCACUCAAGUAAUUCUUUUUCAACAUAAUGCCUUGUCUUUCUCCAUUUCUGUUAUCCAAUGCCCAAUGGCCGAGUGUCCUAGCCACUGUAUCCAACAAAACAUUUUGCAAACUUCCUUGCAUACAUGUCUCUAAUUGGCAGAUGAGAGAGCAUCAAAGGAAAUCACAUGCUUCAACAUUUAUCCAAUCAUCAGCAACUGUCCAUGGAUGUGAAUUUGAUGAGUCUGAUGAGAAAGAAGAAAUAAAGCUUAAAUGGAUGAAUGUAGGACCUGAUUUAACGGAGGACCAGAAGAAGGCUAUUUCUCAACUUCCUUUAAAGAUGUCCAACCGCUGCAAGGCCCUUAUGAAGCGUCUAAUCUGCUUUUCUCCAGAUGCUGAUGAUUUGUCUCUCCUCUUGGCUGCUUGGGUGAAGGUCAUGAAACCCAGAAGAGCUGAUUGGUUGGCAAUCUUGAAAGAAAUUAAGAGGAUGGAAAAUCCUCUCCUUUUUGAGGUAAUGGAAUAUGCACUGCUCGAAAAUUCUUUUGAAGCUAAUGUCCGCGACUACACCAAAUUGAUUGACCUCUAUGCAAAGCAAAAUCUCUUGGAACAUGCUGAAAACUCUUUUCAGGUCAUGAUAAAAAGAGGAUUCCCUUGCGAUCAAGUUACACUUACUGUCCUCAUUCACAUGUACAGCAAGGCUGGAUAUCUCGAUCGUGCCAAGGAAGCAUUUGAAGAGAUCAAGCUGCUCGGUUUGCCUCUUGACAAAAGAGCUUAUGGCUCAAUGUUGAUGGCCUAUAUCAGGGCUGAAAUGCUAGAGCAUGCAGAGAGAUUAAUGAAGGAAAUGGAGGAACAAGACUUUUAUGCCGGCAAGGAAGUCUACAAGGCAUUGCUUAGAGCUUAUUCCACCAAUGGCAAUGCAGAUGGAGCUCAAAGAGUUUUCAACUCCAUACAAUUUGCUGGAAUAGUUCCUGACAGCAGGCUCUGUGCUCUUCUUCUCAAUGCUUACUGCAUGGCUGGUCAGAGCAGCAAAGCACACAGCGUAUUGGAGAAUAUGAGGAUUGCUGGUCUUGAACCAAGCGAUAGAUGUAUUGCCCUGAUGCUGGGAGCUUACGAAAGAGAGAACAAUCUCGAUGCAGCACUCUAUUUUUUGAUAGAACUGGAGCAUAAUGGUGUUCUGAUUGCUGACGAAGCCUCACAAGUCUUGGUUGGGUGGUUUAGAAGGCUUGGAGUGGUGGGUGAAGUGCAGCAAGUUCUAAGAGAAUUUGUUGUCGAUGGAGCUGGAAGUUUCACUCCUUAUAAUGCUUGUAAAACAAAGUGAUAUGACACACGACAAAAUCUUUUUCACAUGUACUGUUUGAUGCCACUGCAUGAUGUUCUUCACAUUUAGCAGUCCCCGACAAAGCCUCUUUAUCUGUCUAUAGUUGCAUUCAGAUGUAAUGUUCUAAGAGAAUUUGCUGUCAGGGAAGGUGGGAGUUUGAUUCCUUGUGAUGCUUGUAAAACAAAGUGCUAUGACACCACACAAUCUUUUGCAGAUGUAAUGUUUUAUGCGACUGCAUGAGGUUCUGCAGAAUCAUCAUUACAAGUUACGUUCA